AUGCUUCGAAAUAAUGAAGACGAAGAUGAUGAUCUUAUGAACAUCUCUAAUUCACUGAAUCCAGUAGCUGGCGAUAUUUUAGAUAACGAUGCCGUUGUUACUAUUGAUCAAGCCAUUUCAUUGUCAUCAUCAUCGUUGACAUCAUCGUCUGAUGCUGAAUUAUAUGAUGAAGCUGGUUCAAAUUUAUUUUUAUUAUUUUUUAUCUUGUAUUUCGUGUACUUCUGA